AUGACCGAAUGGCCUGCAUCAGUGGAUCUUUGCGAUGUGUCUUCAGACGGCAUGCGCGUACGCAAGUGGCGACAAGAGAUUUAUGACGCGGUGCGAGAGGGCACUACUGACGAGCUGGCCGAAAAGAUUAUUCAGCUGGAGAACAAGGCCAUUGAGAACCAGUAUCUUGCAGAUCAUCGUGCAAGGGUAGCCAGUGCUAUUGUGACGAGGUUGAAAGAGGAACAUGCUCAGGCUCUUGCGAAGCAAGCUUCAAAGAUGCCAAGCUGCACCUCAGAGGAGCAAGAUGGAUGCGGAACCAAUGACUUGCCAGCAAUUGUCACGAAAGAAUACCUGGAGUCGUUGAAAAGCCGUAACGACGGUUCUCACGAAUACAUUUCAGUGGAGCAGUGGAAGGCUUUUCGACAACUCUGGGACAAAGCCUUUUCUUAUGAUUUCGACACUGACUUCUGCUAUGAUGGAGAAGCUUACAAGACAGGUGAUCUGGAUGACGCCCUUUACCUCGUCCUCAGCGAAGCCGUGAGAGGGCAUCGUUGGAUUUCGCCAUUCGAAAGCUUUCUUCGCUCAGAAGUUUGGAAGAGGUUGUGUGGGAAGGUUCGAGUUUCUGAGUUCAAGUUCUACAACUUCAAGACCAGGUGUUUGGCCAUGUUGCUCCAAAAGUUUCCGCCGAAACCCGUGGGCAUGUUGAGCCAAGAUUGGGGGGACUUCGCAGACAACUGGCAGAUGCAUGUUGAAUCGCAACAUUUCCAACAAGAAGUUGACAAAUUUGUGGCAGAGAGCGCUCGGGAUGUGGCCAACUUCGGAACCGACAGCGACUCCACGGACGCAAAGUUAAAGACAAACGAGGCCAAGUUCUAG